CACCAAUAAUUAUUUAGUCUUAAGGGAAGUGAUUGUUACACGUUUUUUUCGUGUUUUUAUAUUUGGUGCAGAAAAUAAAAUUUAAUUAUAGAAAAAUGUCAAAUCAAAAAGAUUUUUUCUUAUCAAUAACUGAGAGAAUUUUAAGUAAUUGGACAGCUUUAAAAAUCGCUGUAGAACAUGGAAUGGGUUCGAAAGAACAUGCACAAGAAUUCGGUCCUUAUAUUACAGAGGUUUUUUUCAUGAAUGAAAAUUUGACACCAUCCGAAGUUGCGAAUGAAUUAGAAGACUAUAUGGACACUACAUUUAACACGGAACUUGAAGAUGAUAGUGCAAUUCAAGUUGCAGAAGAAUUAGUACGAUUUUAUCGUUUAUGCGUUUCUAAUAGUGAGAAUAGUUUAACAGAACUUGAAAAAUUACCUCCUCUUCAAUCUUGGUUAAGAGCUGAAAUUUCAAGAAAUUCAUUAUCACAACGGUCAUCACGACAAAAUGAUUCGUCUUCUGAGAGUGACGAAGCAACGAACGAUCAAAUGGAGGUCGAAGAUGAAUGGACUACUGUUAAAACACGACGAAAAAGAUAAUUUUGAUGUUGUUGAAGAUCGAUCCACGGAACUGCUGUUAAGCUUCUCUGUCUUCAUGGAUGAGGUUCCCUUUCGUCGCGCGCGCGACCCUUGCGUUCCCAAUCUUCCUGGCCUAUUUGCUCUUGGUUCGUGCGAGAGUCUUCUUUGCUUCCUCGAGGGCCGUUCUAAAGACUCCGCAUGCGCCGCUGUCUGGGCCUUCUUUUAAUUGGGCACGACAUGAACCCAAUUUUAACUCGUGCUAUUUCCUC